UUUGGGGGUGGGGAGAAGAACGUAUUGCAAGAAGUUGGCUAAGAUUUCUUUCUUUUCUGGCAGCCUGUGAUCGAAUAAAAAAAGUUUGAAUUCCAAUUUGGUUUAUGCAAUAGGCCCAAGUCCUCUUGCUUAAACAUUUGGCGUAGUUCCCAGUAUUAGGGUUGAAGACCUCUCUUCAAGAGCGCCUUGCACUUGUCGCAGUGCCCCAGAAUCCGGCAAAACUGAAGUGGUAACAAGAAAGGUCGGGGGGGGGGGGACAAUGUGAGGUAAAGUGCGAACGCGGGUCCCUGUCCGGCCGUUAAUGUACCCGGAGCUGCUCAACGGCAGUGAAAUACCGCCAUCAGUCGCCCGGCUGACACGGAGGAACUUUCUAGGCUUGAAAUACAGGCCACAGCGGUCCGUUACCACGGUGACAUGUUCGCCCUUUUGACCUCAUGCAUGUUAUCGUGAUUUACCUCUCUUUAUUUUUCGAUAAUUUGACGCAGGCUCUUACUUCCUGUCGUCUCGGAAUGAUUUCUGAAAAUUCGAGCGGAUUGUUUUAUUCACCUACGCGUUUGAGUCGUUUGAGGGUUGUGCCUGCACAUUUUCCACAUUGUUGACGUGUGACAGAUAGCUAAUGUGCCAUGAAUCUUGGUGAUUUCACUGGAAAUAUGACGAAAUCCAGUUCACAUUGCAUCAAACUCAGCAAGGGAGAAACCACACAUUUACGUAGUCUGACAAUCUGUCACAUUAACUGCUCUCCGGAGGGAGGUAUCGUUUGCAAGCAUAUUUACCGCAAAAAAACUUGAUUACUCAAGUAAUGACACCAGCAAGAAAACUCUACAAUGGAUGAAAGUCUUGGUGUUCCAUCUUUCCGGCACGGUGUAUUUUAUCUGUCAAUUUUACCCAACCCAAGAAGUCACAAGGGGGGUCAGCCCACAUAAACCGGGUGGUCUUAGAAGCAAGAUGUGCAGGGAAAGCCAGCAACAAAGUACGACCAACUUUCCGCCAAUAGCCGAGUACAGCCGGCUCACGUCGCCGCCGGCUCAGCGCCGGUCGCUCCACGACGGCAGGACGAGGCGCGAGCCUCACCGGCCGAUCACCGGCGCACCGAACUCCCGUCCCCGCAGCAACAGCGACCAGUCCCUGGGGGACAUCUGGAGCAGCAGCCGGCGGUCCAUCUGCAGCAGCAACGGCCGCUCCUCCCUGUCCCUGUCGUCCGGAGAUGCCUCAACCGUCGCCUCCACGGAGAAGCUCUGUAGGAGGCGGAAGCUGUCUCCGCGGAGGGUCGUCAACAGACCGGUCACGCCGUUUCCGGCCGAGGAAAUUCCGCACGCCCCAGUCGGGGAGGCCCAAGUCGAACGCCGGGUCCCAGCUCCCUCCCCACCCAGGACCAAUCCAAGCAAACCGCACCCGUCAUACCACGCUCCUGGGAGGACCAGAUUCAGCCUGUCACAGAAACACCAGCCGAUAGACGAGGACCCGUGCCCGGGGAAGAUCGCCACAAGUCGGCCGGUCCGCAGAAAUACCGGGGACAGCACGGAGCGUACACCUCACCCGCCCUCGCAACAGCACAAGGAGGUCGACGCGACCAAGGCGAGCGAGCGAAGACGGAGGAAGAGCAUGCCGGAAAUCUACCAGAGGCCGAAGGGCGAGGCACGCAAGACAGACGCCGGUAGCAAAAAGACGGAGGCACAAGUCCUCGGGGAAAUAAUGGACAGCGUGACGAGGGAGAGGAUUGUCAGUUGGCUGAGCGAGAUUGCAUACGCUAAGGAAGAGGAUCAAGGCAUCUUACAAGACGCACUCAGUUGCAUCGAUGAAGAGUGACAGUCUCCUCUUGCCCACAACGUAAAGUCUGCUAUUUAUGAACCCAAUGACUGAGGUUGGACACACGUGAUGAUGUCCUUGUGUCAUCUGUGCAGAAAAGCAAGUCGAUUUUUCGUCCAUUUAAUUUAGAAUUUUCUAGAGUGAAAUGAUCUAGUCUGUGGGCUUCUUUUGAAACAAAAAAAA